UUGCUAUGUAAAAGCCAGUCGUAGUCGGGGAUCGUUGACUGUAAGAACGUUUAUUUGGCUAAAGAUUUAUUUCGUAUUUGUUUUGGUUUAUUUUGUGAUUAUCUGUGAAAUGGCUGAUAAAGAGACAAAGAUUGAAUCGAAAGAAUCAGAAGAAAAACUACGCGAAGUACUUCACAAAAUAGCGGAAGAACGAGGCUAUAAGGAUUACAAAUUAGACAUAAAGCCGACUUCAUCUGAAGGAGCAAACUUUUCGAGUGUACUUUUCACCGCUACAAUAUCAGAACACGGCAAGGAUGUUAUUAAUAUCUUCGCCAAAGUCGCGGCCUUAAACGAGACCGUUAGAGCAGGAGCACCGUAUCAGAUGUUCGAUACAGAAAUAUUAUUUUACACAUAUAUCAUAAAAACGUACAAACAAAUAGAAGAAAAACAUAAUGUGCCUAUUGAACACAGGGUUGUGGUACCAGAAUUGUACGGCAUCAACGAUGAAUACUUAAAGGAAACUGUUGUUAUGGAAAACCUGAUGUGCAAAGGUUACCAGAUGUUCGACAGGUUCAAGACCAUAGACUGGAACUACACUCAGGAGUCUUUGACACAACUGGCGAAACUUCACGCCUUAUCUAUAGCGUUUUCUAUUGAACAGCCCGAAGAGUUUGAGGAAAAAACAAAGAAUCUCAAAAUGAACAAUGAUAUGAGCGCAAUGAAAGAUGCUAUGGCAAUGACGCUGAUGAAAAUACAAGAAUCUGCGAAGGAUGAACAUAAAGAUCGCUUGAAGCAGUUCGUGGAAAAUGCAAUGGUACCCGAAAACAUUGAAUACAUGAUGAAACCAAUAAAACGAAUGAUUUUAAAUCAUGGUGACUAUCGACCCAGCAACUUACUCCAUAAAUUGCGCGAGGAUGGUACAUAUGACAUAAUUCCAAUUGACUAUCAGACCCUGACCCGUAGUAAUCCCAUAGUGGAUCUUUUAUAUUUCCUAUUCAACGGAUCAGACAAAGAAUUCCGAGCCAAAUACCUCAGAAAGGCUUUCGACCAUUACUACAAUGAGCUUUGCGCAUGUCUAACAAGAUUGGACUUGAAUCCUGAAGAAAUAUAUCCUAAGGAAGACUUCGAAUAUGAAUUGAAAGAGGUUUUACCCUUCGGUUUGUUCAUAAGUCUGAUGCUCUUGAUGUUAAUCACCGUAGAAAUGGAGCAUGUUCCGAAAAUUAGUGAAAAGACGGAAUUGAAAGAUCUGUACUGCACGCCCAGUGAAGCUUAUAAGAUAAGGAUGAACGAUCUUCUGGAAGACUGUAUUGAUAUGGGAGUCCUGUAAAUUAAAAUAUUUACGAUUCGAAUAUAAGACCUGAGCAUCAUAUAAGGCAGCUAGUAGAAUAGAAUAAAGUAUAAGACUAAUGUAGCUAAGUAAGACUUUAUAAAAAUACAGAACUUUAAUACUUUAACAUAAACGCAAUUUGUUCUUCUCGUGACCACGCUCGCUCGCUGCAAAGUUUGCGAAAUGUCCGGUUAACAAUAUAAUCAAUAAAUCACGUUAAAAAUCCCUCUCUUUAAUUUAUAUUUGUACAAUAUUCGCGUAAAAUGAAACACAAGAAAAUACGAUAUAAAUUAGUUUUAGAAGUCACCUCUGUAAAACAUAACAAAAAGCUUUUUACUGGCUAUGUGGCCUUUCUAAUAAAGUAUAAUAUGUAGUUAAAAGUAGUGCUAUCUACCUCACAUAAAAUAUAUUAACUUACUAUAAAAUAAUCCAUACGUUAAAUGACAUGACUAUAGCAUAACAUUCCAUCCAUCUACAUCUAAAAGAGAACUCGCUGGCUAACAAUUUUCUUAAGAAAAUUAAUAAAUAAGUUGACUUAUUUUAAGCAAAUUAAAAAUUAUAAUAAUGCAAUGUUUGUAACAUAAUAUACAGUAUGUUACCAUUAAUUUGGCAAGAUUUUUUGAUCUAAUCAUAGCCAAUAUCAAAGAUGAAGCAUUUAUGUCAAUAAUUCGGCUGUAAUGAAUUAUUUGUAUUUUUUUUAAAUAUAUUAUUGUCU